UACACAGCAUACUACUGCGAUGUGACGCAAUGGUAAACGUAUUAUAUUUCCGAGCUAGCUAAAAAAAAAUACUUGAGUAGCUAGCGGCUCUGAGUGUAAAUAGUAACGCCUGUUUUUCUCGACAUCAGGCUAAGCAACAAGGUAGCUGGUUUUGGUUUUUGGAACUCUUGACGGUUAGCUAACUGCAUGUAGUAAGUAGUUUGUCUGCAACGACGUUAAAUUUUUUUCUUAUUUUUUAUUAAGUAGCUAACGUAAGCUAAACGUUGUCGAGCCAGGCUGGCCUGUCGUCGCAGGCUGACCAGCUUGCUAACAUUAACGUUCCAUCUAGCUAGCUACUGUAACUUUCAUCCCAUCUACUCGUAUUUACUGUGUUAUUGUGCGGGCUACAACUACCGAGAAUGAUCAGGAAUUAUCUCUGACUCGCGAAGAGCAAGGCCUAAGCUGGCCAUCUCAUCACCGAACUGUGCUGGAGUUUCUCUGGAAAUCGUUAGCAUAUAGCUAGAAGACGUCGCUGCCCCCCACUUUUCCAACUUCGACAUUCUUGUUCUGAUGACCCGAUCCUUUUGACGCCAUCUAAGCCGCCAAUAUGAUGCCGAUGAUCCUGACUGUGUACCUGAGUGAUGGGGAGCAAUCACUGACUGAGGUGCCCAUCACCCCUGAGACAUCGUGCCGCGAUGUGGUUGAGUUCUGCAAGGAGCCUGGCGAGAGCGGCUGCCAUCUGGCCGAAGUGUGGCGAGGCAACGAGCGAGCCAUUCCCUUUGAACACAUGAUGUACGAACACCUGCAGAAGUGGGGACCCCGCAAACAAGAGGUUAAGUUUUUCCUCCGGCACGAGGACUCCCCCACUGAAAGCAGUGAUCAAGGGAGCCAACAAUCUCAAGAACAGGCCAACCGGAGAAGUGGAGGGGAGAAGCACACUGAGAAUGGGGUAGGGAACCCCCGUGUGGAGCUCACGCUGUCAGAGCUGCAGGACAUGGCCACACGACAACAGCAGCAGAUCGAGGCCCAGCAACAGAUGCUUGUUGCCAAGGAGCAGCGUCUGCGCUACUUGAAGCAGCAGGAGCGUCGGCAGCAGCAGUCUGUGUCUGAGAGCGAGAAGCUGCAGAGGCUGAAAGACCGCGUGGAGAGCCAGGAGGCCAAGCUGAAGAAGAUCCGCGCCAUGAGAGGCCAGGUGGACUACAGCAAAGUCAUCAACGGCAACUUGUCAGCGGAGAUUGAGCAGGUGAGUGGGCUGUUCCAGGAAAAGCAGGUGGAACUGCAGUCAGCUGUGCUGCGGGUGGAGCAGCUGAGCCUGCAGCUGGAAGACCUGCGGCGAGGGAAGCUCAACGGCCUGCAGUCGGCUCUGGGAGGACAGAUGACCAGCACGGCUGCCCUGGAGCUGCGCAAACUCUACCAGGAGCUCCAGAUCCGCAACAAGCUGAACCAGGAUCAGAACAGCAAGCUGCAGCAGCAGAAGGAUCUGCUCAACAAGCGCAACAUGGAGGUGACCCUGAUGGACAAGCGCAUCAGCGAGCUGCGUGAGCGCCUCUAUAAGAAAAAGGCUGAGGCACGUCAAAAAGAGAACUUGCCUCUGAACAGAAGCAACGGACCUCCCUCUCCUCAGUUGGCCCCUGGAACUCUGGGCCGCGUGGCAGCCGUGGGGCCCUACAUUCAGGUCCCCCUGCCGACCAGACAGGAAGGGGGCUACACCGGCCCCCCCGACCCCCUAAAACCCCAGACACUGGUUGUCAACACCUCAGCCAAUCAUGCACGCUCCAAAUCAGGGGUGGACACAGUGCGGAAGCCCCCCGGCCCGUGGAAGGUGUCUGAUUUAGACAGCCCGGUGGACCCGGUGCCCCCCUCCCCUCCCGAGGCUCGGCUGGGCGGCUCAGGCAGCACGUCCCCUAAUGACGCUGGCUGGCCCACCCUUGGCAAGGGCAAUGGCUCUCUCAAGCCCCACGACCGGAGGGAGUCGGUGUCUGAUACACAGGGCAAGUCCCCCCCUCUGAGCUCCCCUGCUGCUCCCACCGCCGACAAGGUGCCAGACUCGUCGCCGGUGGCCCCAUCCAAGCCUCAGCCCCCUCCCUACGGCUCCCACCUGACAUCGGCCGGCUCCACCAGCUCUCUAGACCGCCGGCCAGGCCCGCUCCCCACCCUCCCCGGCCACGCCUGGCCACGCGUUCCUCCCUCAACCGGUUCCUCCUCCCAGCAGAUCCAGCAGCGCAUAUCGGUGCCACCCAGCCCAACCUUCCAACCCAACCCGCCGGUCUUCCCGUCGUGUCCUCCUGGGGAGCGGCCCGACCCGGUCCUGGCUGUGGCCGUGCGCCCCUUCAUUCCAGACAGAGGCUCCCGGCCCCAGUCGCCACGCAAGGGCCCAGCCACCAUGAACUCCAGCUCCAUCUACCACAUGUACCUCCAGCCGGCCGCGCCCAAGAGCUACCCGCUCAAGCCUGCUCUGAAAGCAGGUACAAACAAAGUGUACGGGAAGCCUGUUCUCCCGUCAAACUCCACGCCGCCCUCCCCCCUGCCCUUCCCCCAGACCGGAGGUGCCUUCCCCGCGCUCCAGGGGCCGUCCGGUGACGACUCUGUGGACGGAGAUGGCCCUGACAUGGAUGGCGCUCCGGAUACGCCCCCCCCCAACGUGGAGAACAUACCUCGGCCGCUCAGUCCCACCAAACUCACCCCCAUGGCCCACUCCCCCCUCCGCUAUCAAAGCGACGCUGACCUGGAGGCGCUGCGCAAAAAGCUGGCCAACGCCCCGCGGCCCCUGAAGAAGCGCAGCUCCAUCACUGAGCCGGAGGGCCCCGCCGGGCCCAACAUCCAGAAGCUUCUCUACCAGCGCUUCAACACCCUGGUGGGCGGCAUGGAGGGGGGCGGAGCCGGGACGGCGGCAGGCGGAGCCGGGUCGGGAGGAACACCGUUUUACCAGCCCGCCAACCCGCCCGACUACCCAGGCAGCCCGUUGGCGGACUCCGACAAUGGGAACCCGCCGUCCGAGGAUCUUCCCCCGCCCCCGGCCACAACGGGCGCGCCGUCCUCGGAACCCCUUCCGCCUCCCGACGCCAAUGACAACAAGGUGCUGCCCCCGCCGCCGUCCCCCGAAGAGCUGGUCCCGCCCUCCCUGGAGGAGGAUACAGACAACAACAACCUGGGGGAGGGCUCCCUGCCCGCCCUGACCACCCUGCCCAGCCCCGUGACCGAGGUCAGCUCUCCAGAAGAGGCUGCCACCAGCCCCUCUCAGCCUAUGGAGAAGCGCACUAACCUGAAGAAAGCCAACUCGGAGCGGACAGGCCACGGCCUGAGGGUCAAGUUCAACCCGUUGGCUCUGCUGCUGGAUGCCUCGCUGGAGGGAGAGUUUGACCUGGUGCAGAGGAUUAUCUACGAGGUGGAGAACCCCAGCACAGCCAACGACGAGGGCAUCACCCCCCUGCACAACGCCGUGUGCGCCGGACACCACCACAUUGUCAAGUUCCUGCUGGACUUCGGGGUGAACGUCAAUGCUGCAGACAGCGACGGCUGGACACCGCUGCACUGCGCCGCCUCCUGUAACAGCGUUCACCUGUGCAAGUUGCUGGUGGAGUCGGGGGCGGCCAUCUUUGCCAGCACCAUCAGUGACGUGGAGACUGCAGCAGACAAGUGUGAGGAGAUGGAGGAGGGCUACAUUCAGUGCUCUCAGUUCCUCUACGGUGUCCAGGAGAAGAUGGGCGUGAUGAACAAGGGCACGGUGUACGGCCUGUGGGAGUACGAGGCCCAGUGUCCAGACGAGCUGUCGUUCGGCGAGGGUGACGCCAUCACCGUUCUGCGACGGCAGGACGACAGCGAGACUGAUUGGUGGUGGGGCCGACUAGACCACAGGGAGGGUUAUGUACCACGCAACCUGCUAGGGCUGUACCCCAGGAUAAAGCCUCGUCAGCGGUCCCUGGCGUAGCACCCCGCUCCCUCCCUGGGUGAAAAAACUGGACUACAGGCAAGCAAUGCCUGAAAAGACUGGAGGUUAGGGGCGGCCUGGUGCUCCCCUCUCCCCUUCCUGUAACUCUGGCUGUGGCACACCGGAUAGUGUUUAACAAUGACACACACACACGCAUAUAAACACACUGACUCAAGAGAAGAGAGGAUCACUCUGAUACCCCCCUUUCAGUCAGCCAAACCCCACUCAGUUCACUCUCAUUUUAGCUUUAUUUAAAUGUCAUUCCCAAUGCCAAGUGGAGAAUCAACCACUAACCCCUAGUGCAUUUUAGCAUCCAAUUAAAGAGGGCCCUGUGUGUUUUUUUAAGUACACGUUCAAGGACUGGAGAAGGUGGCUUUGUGUAUGUGUGUACAGUAUGUUGUGUGUGGUGUGUAUGUAAUAAUUUGUAUUCAAUUUUUCUUAUGUAUUCAUUUAGUCAACAAACAAUAUACAUUAAAUACUUAUUUUUCCUACUGAAAAAAAAGAAUGAGAGAAAGAAGAUAAAUAAUAAAACAAUUUAGUUUAACAGAGAAAUAUGAAAAAUAAGAGCUCCACAUAGAACAAAUGUACAAGUAAGGCUAUCUUAAUGUGCACAUGUUCAAUAUGAAUUAUUUAAUGGGACAACAUUGUAUGUAAAUAAAAAUAUGUGAACUAAGACUAAGGAUAAAAUGAUGAAUUAAGUUAAGGUGUUUUUUUUUUGGUGUGUAAUUUGCUCUGAUUGGUCUGACACAAUGAUAGAUAUAAAUAUCACAUGUAACGAGUUUUAAAUGGUUUCUAUGACAUGACUAUGAAAGCCCUGUUCAUUCAGAAGUGUGUUGGAUUAUUAAAUAUUCCCCACACAAAAUGACAUUUGCAUUUUCUUAGCUCUUCUCGCACAAUAGAGCCUUCUGUGUACAAUAACAGGGCCUAUAACUAUUUAUAAACUCUCUUGUUAAAUGCCCAACUUUAGUCAUAGAAAUGGUUUGCCAAAGUAUUUCAGAGUGGGUUUAACGCUUCACUCAACUUGUCAGCUUUUCCAAAGAGAUGUCUAACCACAGCCAAUUAAGACUGAGAUUUCCGAAGUGUGUAUGUGUUGUGCUUGGAUGCUAUGUCCUAUGUGGGGUGGGUUUAGUGCAAUGAAUGAACUCUUUGGGCACCGCUUUGUUUCUUUGCGCAUGUGUGUUGAAAUGCAUCAGGGCUCUCUCCACAGGGCCAUGAUCAUGGGUCCCAACUUCACUUCAGCCAUGUGUGUUUAAAUACUCCAGGGCCCUCUCACUGUAGGGCCAUGUGCAGGGGUCCCAACUUCACUUCAGCCGUGUGUGUUUAAAUACUCCAGGGCUCUCUCACUAAAAGGGCCACGAUCAGGGGUUCCCAACUUCACUUCAGCCAUGUGUGUUUAAAUACUCCAGGGCCCUCUCACUGUAGGGCCAUGUGCAGGGGUCCCAACUUCACUUCAGCCAUGUGUGUUUAAAUACUCCAGGGCUCUCUCACUAAAAGGGCCAUAAUCAGGGGUUCCCCACUUCACUUCAGCCAUGUGUGUUUAAAUACUCCAGGGCCCUCUCACUGUAGGGCCAUGUGCAGGGGUCCCAACUUCACUUCAGCCAUGUGUGUUUAAAUACUCCAGGGCCCUCUCACUAAAAGGGCCAUGAUCAGGGGUUCCCCACUUCACUUCAGCCAUGUGUGUUUAAAUACUCCAGGGCCCUCUCACUGUAGGGCAAUGUGCAGUGUUAUAAUUGAGCACUUGAUCAAACCCAUGCUUUUACACUCCCACAAAUCAGAUGGGUUGGAUAUUCAAGCAGAUUUACAUUUACAUAACACUAAAGUAUUUUGUCGUACUCACCACCUCGCCCUCCUGACCUUGUUGUACUCACCUCCUCGCCCUCCUGACCUUGUUGUACUCAACUCCUCGCCCUCCUGACCUUGUUGUACUCAACUCCUCGCCCUCCUGACCUUGUUGUACUCAACUCCUCGCCUUUCUGCCCUUGUUGUACUCACCUCCUCACUGUGUGUUUCCAGUCAUGUGAGAUGAGACGUGCACCUUGCCAGGCGGGUAGGAAAGAAAGGGCCUUGCCGUAAUCAUCCCGGUAAAUAUUGUCAGAAAGUAUGAGCUUGUGUAUGUUUGACUGUCUGCUGUAUGAAGACUUAAACUGACUUGUGGAGGUUAUGGAAGCAUUAAGGAUGCAGUGCUUGCACUUCCUGUUCUGUAAAUCUGCACAAUAAAAACAAGUCCUGGCAUGA